GAUUGGCUGUUCAGAGAUUUUUGCGUUCUGCGAUUGGCUGAACCUCUGUCAGUUACUUUGUGAUUGCUAAGGGCGGUACUGUUGUGUUGCCAUGGCACCCGAGGACUCCAACAAAUUGAGCAUAAACGUAAAGUUAUGUUUGGGCAUAAUUCUACGGCGUGGAAAACGUAGCAUUUCAAACAUCUAAAAGUAAGCAACAAAGCCACAGCUUUCACCAAACAGUAGUCUUUCCUCAAGUUUUAAAGGAAUUUAAUUUGCAGCCGCGAUGGACGGUCUCUCUUCUGUUCAAUCGUUAGAGGCCCUUUCCAAAAUGCUUUCACAGGGGCGAGACGAUGAAGAAGACGAGCAGCCUGUUUCAUCGACAGCGGGCCUAGGACCUGGUCACAUUGGCCCAGCAAAAUGUGAAACAAAUGUUCCUCCAGUAGUGAGCAAGAAUAGCAAAGACAUCUGGAGUGAAGAGGAGGUGCCAGAGGGCUCAGAGCUUGAUGACACCUGGGACCCCAGGCAGCAGCCCGAGUAUGAGAUACUUUUCAAACAGAAGAUUACCACAGAGGAUGUGUUUCUAGGGAUGAGCAGAAAGGACCCAUCUUCUGCCUGUUGUGAGUGUAUGCUGAUAAAAAUCAAGCUUCCAGACACCAAAAUCGCAGAUGUUUUUCUGGAUGUCAAAGAAAAGUUCCUUGAUCUGCGUUCACCAAAAUUUAAAUUGGGCCUGCACCUGCCCCAUCCUGUGGACAGUAAGACCGGCAAAGCUUGUUUCAUCUCAGAGGCACAGACCCUGGAGGUCACUUUAACCAUGCAGAGAGAGAUGGAUUUUAUCAACUUUGCAUGAAAAGCCAUCUACAACUUGUUCCAUACUUUCCUGUAUGAUUUCCAUACUGGAAUCAUGGGAGGGCUGUGAGAUCAAGUGAUUGCUUGCAAAGGCUUCUGUGAGAUGGAGUUCCCAAGAACCCUUGAAGAAUUUCCUGUUGUCUAUAAAAUAUGACUUUCUCGAACAAGCACAGUGAAUAGCUUUGUAUUCAGGUAAUAUUGAAUACAUUUCUUUAUGCAUUUUGUUUCUACUUUUAAAGUAUAUUUUCACUGUUUUUUUAUGAACUGGACCAGUUGUGCUUUUUUAUAAGAUAGUUGCAAUCUUCUGAUUAAAGGUUGGUAUUUAUGUUU